AUGACAACCUUCACGAAGCUCAGUAGCGCGGAGGCGCCUGGAAUUUCCGUCCACUCAAACCGGCGCAUUUCCAAAAUCAAUCCCAACAUAUAUGCUGGGUUUACGGAACACAUGGGUCGCUGCAUCUAUGGGGGUAUCUACGAUCCUGGGAACCCAUUGUCAGACGAGAAUGGCUUCAGGAAGGAUGUGCUCGAAGCUUUGAAAGAGCUUAAUAUUCCCGUUGUCCGCUACCCUGGUGGUAAUUUCAUGGCAACUUACCAUUGGAUCGAUGGAGUCGGUCCGAAGGAUCAGCGUCCUUCACGCCCUGAGUUGGCGUGGCUAGGGACAGAAACAAAUCAGUUCGGAACUGACGAGUUCAUGAAGUGGUGUGAGGCCCUUGGAACUGAGCCCUAUUUCUGUCUGAACUUUGGGACAGGGACUCUCGACGAAGCCCUUGCCUGGGUCGAAUAUUGCAAUGGCACCAGAGACACCUACUAUGCCAACCUCCGGCGCAAGAAUGGGCGUGAAGAGCCAUAUAAUAUUAAGUACUGGGCCUUGGGAAAUGAGACAUGGGGUCCGUGGCAGGUUGAGCAGAUGACCAAGGAAGACUACGCACACAAGGCCUUCCAGUGGGCGAAAGCCCUCAAACUUCUGGACCCUAGCCUGGUCCUGGUCCUUUGCGGACAAGACGGCACCGCGUCGUGGGAUUACUAUACCCUCAAGCACUGUCUCCUGCCCGCAUUUUCUCCACUCUCGACCAGCACUGUCCCCCUCAUCGACAUGCACAGCAUCCACCUAUACACCUCCUCAUCAUCCCACCUCCCCAACGUCACCGCCCCGCUCGCAGCCGAGCGCGCCAUCGAAAUCACCUCCUCUCUAAUUGACCUAGCACGAAUCGAGAACGGAGUCCCGCCCGAGCAGCUCCGCCCCACCAUCUGCUUCGACGAAUGGAACGUGUGGGAUCCCAUCCGCGCCGAAGGCAGCAAAGGCGCCGAAGAAUGCUACACGCUGUCCGACGCGCUCGCCGUCGCAGUGUACCUCAACGUCUUCGUCCGCAAAAGCAAGGACGUCGGCAUGGCGUGCAUCGCCCAGACCGUCAACGUCAUUUCACCCCUCAUGACGACCAAAGACGGCAUCACGAAACAGACCACCUGGUGGCCGCUGUACCUGUUCUCGAAGUACAUGCGUGGCUGGACGAUCAGCGCGCAUCUGUCUUGCGGGACUUAUGAGGGCGAAACCUCGCCUAAGUGGGUGCGUGGUGUCAAGGAUACGCCGUGGCUGGAUGUUAGUGCAACGCUGGGCGAGGAUGGCUACGUUAAUGUUGCUGUUGUCAAUAUCCAUGAGGAACAGAACAUCGAGACGCAGGUUGAUGGGACUAGUGGGGAUGUCCGUGUGUUCACUGUCACGGCGGACGUUAUUACUGCUACCAAUAUGAAGGGGAAACAGGAGGUUGGGGUCUUGGAGAGCACUUGGGAUGGAAGGGGUCCGUACGUUUUCCCUAAGCACUCGCUGACUCUCUUGCGGUGGAAG